AUGGGGGGAUAUCAUGAACCUAGUGCGAGCGAAUUACUGGUGACAACGCCACUCAUAAUUUUAGGCCUUGUCUUACUACCUCUGGUGUGGCUGGGGCUCAUCCUCUGGAACCUUGGUCAGGUUGUAUCUCGUUCAAAGAAUGCGAGGAGUGCUGUAUCAGACAUCGGAGCGUCACUAAAUCUUUUUUGGGCACUGCCCGUAUGCAUCGUGAACAAUAUAUGGCUGCUGCUAGUGAAGCUUUUACGAGUCUUUUACGCGUACCGAAAGAAGUCCGCGCCGAGUAUUAUCGCGAGGCGCUAUUAUACUGGGCUUUUCGCGACAGAGGCACGGAUCUUCGUAGACCCAUACCUUCUGCCACGGGAAGAGCACUACGAAUACACCCCAAUCUCAGGCGAACAUAAGAUCAGACUCUUGGUCAUUCAACCGGGAGCGUUCGAUGAUUACAUUUGUGGGGACCUCGUCGAGGUCAAUCUCUUGCUGGGGCCGACGUUCGAUGCGCUGUCAUACACCUGGGCAGAUGAAAAAGGCGAUGCAACGCGAUCGGGCAAAAUCUACUGCGUGCCUGAUUUCAGCGUCAUUGGGAUCACGAAGAACUGUGAGAUGGCGAUCCGACGGCUGCGACAUCCCAAGAAGAGACGGCGCGUGUGGAUCGAUGCUGUCUGCAUUAACCAACAGAAUGCUCAGGAGCGGACCUAUCAAAUCGCGCAAAUGUCCAGGAUCUUCACUUCGGCCCGUCGAGUGAUUGCUUACACGGGCGAGGGAACGUGUCAGACAGACAUGCUGUUUGACUGGCUCAAUGGCCUCGAGGCACCGGAGCUGAACGUUCCUCUGAUCGGAGGUUUGAACGAUCUUUCUCAUCCUGUCGUCACGCUCAAGGAACCUGCGGACAUUCGGAGGUUGAUAGCCCGUAUUCGGGUUGGGGUCAACGAAAGACUGAUCUUAAUGGGCAUGUACGGGAAAAAUUGCGUCUCCAAAUUACUGCACCGAUCGGAGAGAGCGAAAGACAAGAUAAACGUUGAGGAACCAGAGCUUACCAAAUUUGCAUACGAGUAUUGCUCUCGAAGAUGGUUCAGCCGAGUCUGGAUUUUACAGGAGGUAACCCUUCCCGCUCUCCAUCGCACGAGAAUUGUGUGUGGGAGCAGGACCACGACGGCCGAGAGAGCACUGCAUGCCCUGGGACUAUUGAAAGAGGCCGGGGCAGGUAGCAUUCCCCGGAUAUUUGUCUUGGUCCGCAAGACAGCCAUUCUUCCGAGACGGUCUCAUCUCUUGGAUAUCCUCAUUGAGACGAAAGACCACGCGGCCACAGAUCCUCGCGACAAGAUUUUUGCAGUCCUCAGUCUGGCACACAGUUUAGAUGGAGGUUCCUUCCCUGAACUCGAGGCGAAUUACGAACUGCAAGCAGCCCAGGUGUAUACCCGAUACUCGGCCUUCUUCAUCCAGCAUCACGGCCCGGGCUUCUUCCUUGCCUUGAUCCGAUCACCCCAAAAGCUUCCUGGACUCCCAUCCUGGGCAGCCGACUGGACGGUGCCCUGGCCAAACAGCAGAGCCGUAUCCGUGAGAGAUUUCCCCGCGGUUUCAAGGCGCACACAAGAGGAAAAUACUGAGAAUAUGUUUAGUCGGGAGAACGGCUACGAGGUCCUGACACUUAUUCGCCCACAGAUCCUUCGAGGCUAUUUUACACGAAACGGAGCCGUGACGGGUCUAGAUGGGAUAGACGUGGAAGAAGUGGUGGGUUUGCACGAAAAUACCAUUCUCGUUGAGAUAUACCCAGGUUUGGCUGCGCUCCUCAGGUGUGAGGAUGAUUAUUAUGUCCUCGUCCAAGUGUGCCCACAUGCAGUGUUUCGGGACAGUCUACUCGAGCUUGUCGAGAGAUGGAGUACUGUAGUGGUGGAUGGAAUUGGUCCCGAGGAACUACAAAAUCAGGAUCGCCAUCGCUUUGGAUAUCUGGGCGCCGUAAAGCCAUUUAAGAUCCGGUAA